CAUGCCGGGAACAGUACCCCCGGUCUCGGUCUCGUUGCGACGGAGUGGAGCCGGUGAGAGGGCAUGACAAUGGAGAACAUGGAAGGAGUGCUCUCAAGACUGCUAGUUGCAGACAACAAUGUCAUCCAACAGGCGACGGAGGAGCUGAAGCGACUGCUGCAGGCGCCCGGCGCCGUGGAGCAGCUGUGCGCCGUGCUGGGCCGCUCGUCCAGCCCGCAGGUGCGCCAGUACGCGGCCGUCAUACUGCGCAAGCGGCUGGCCAAGGCGCGCCAGUGGGCCAAGCUCGGCCAACAGUUUCAGGACAGCCUGAAACAGGAGAUUCUGCGUGUGCUGGCCGCCGAGCGGGAGCGCUUCAUCAAGAACUCGAUCGCCCAGCUGGUGGGCACCGUGGCCAAGCACGAGCUGCCCGGUAACAAGUGGCCGACGCUGCUGGAGUUUCUGUCGCAGACCAUGCUGUCCGAGAACUUGCCGGACAAGGAGCUGGGCAUCUACACGCUGAGCAUCAUCAGCCAGAGCUGCGCCGAGCAGCUGCGGCCCCACAUCGGCACGCUGCUGUCGCUGUUCGCCGCCCUGCUCGGCACGCAGAGCCCGGCCGUCCACUUCUACGUGAUCCAGGCCAUGACCAACCUGACGCCGGUGCUGGGCACGGACGAGCUGGCCGGCUUCCAGUCGCUGCUGCCGGCUGUGCUGACCUCGAUUGGCGGCCUCGCGCGUGCCGACGAGGAGCAGGCGGCCGAGGCGCUGGACCUGGUGGACGCGCUGGUGGACCAGGAGGUGGCGCUGCUGCUGCCGCACGUGCCGGCCGUGGUCGAGCUCUGCCUCCGGCUGGCGGCGGACACCGAGCUGGGCGAGCCGCUGCGCUGCAAGGCGCUCCACUGCGUGGACUGGCUGACGCGGCUGAAGAAGAAGGUGAUCACCAAGCACAAGCUGGUGGAGCCCAUCCUGGCCGUGGUUGUGCCCAUCCUGUGCACGCGCACCGACGAGGAGGAGGAGGAGAACGAGCUGAGCGAGGAGAGCAACAGCGUCGUCACCGCCUCCACGCGGCUCAUCGACUCGCUGGCCAUCAACCUGCCGCCGGAGAAGCUGCUCACGCCGCUGCUGCAGCACGUGCAGCAGCUGCUGACCAGCAAUGACGAGUACCAGCGCAAGGCGGCGUUCCUGGCGCUGGCCAUGACGGCCGAGGGCUGCUCGGAGCGCGUGCGCACCAAGCACCUGGCCGCCUGGCUCCAGCACGUCUGUCAGGGCAUCCAGCAUCCAAGCACAGUGGUGCGCAACGCCGCUCUCUUCACGCUCGGACAGUUCGCCGAACACCUCCAGCCGGACAUCAGCAAGUACGCGGCGGAGCUGAUGCCGGUGCUGUACAGCUACCUAGCCUCCAUCACAGCGACGCUGCAGUCAGCUGAAAAAGAUCCACCAGGCUGCGACCGCAUGUUCUACGCGCUGGAGACGUUCUGCGAAACGCUGGGGGAGGAGGUGCUGCCCUACCUGCCGCCGCUGAUGCAGCACCUGCUGCAGCUGCUGCAGCUGCCGGCCGACAAGCACGCGCACGUGCUGGAGCUGGCCAUCAGCGCCAUCGGCGCGCUGGGGAACGCGGCGCGCGAGGGCCUCGUGCCGUACUUCGAGCCGGUGAUGAUGGCGCUGCGCACGUACCUGCUGGCCGAACGCUCCGACGAGAACCAGGAGCUGCAGGUGCAGGCGCUCGAUACGCUGGGCGUGCUGGCCAAGACGCUGGGCGCGGACACGUUCGGACCGCUGUGCGGCGAGUGCAUGGCGCUGGGCAUCUCGCUGGUUGACAAGCACGACGACCCGGACAUGCGGCGCGCCUCCUACGGCCUCUUCGCCUCGGUCAGCACCGUCAUGAAGGAAGGCAUGCUGCCCUUCCUGCCCAAGAUCACCGAGUGGAUGUGCGAGACGCUGGCCAGCAUCGAGGGUGUCACGCUCCAGUUCCGUGACGAGGAGGGCGGCGCGGCGGCUGUGCUCGACCUCUUCGACGACCUCUCGCCCACCGACUCCGAGGAUCUGGACGACACCGCGGACGACGACGACGAAGACGAGGAUGUCACCGGCUACAACGUGGAGAACAGCUACCUGGACGAGAAGGAGGACGCGCUGAACUCGCUGCGCAUCCUGUCGGAGGAGUGCGGCGCCGCCUUCCUGCCGCACCUGGAGAAGUGCUUCGACGAGACGUACAAGCUGCUGAUCCACCCGCAGGACGACAUCCGCAAGGCGGCCGUCGACGCGCUGACGCAGUUUUGCGUGGCGCUCUCGCGCUCGGCGGACACGGCCGACGGCCUGCAGCAGGCGCUGUCCGUGUUCGUGCCGAAGAUGCACGAGCUGGUGAAGACGGACGACGAGGCGAUCGUGGUGAUGUCGGCGCUGGACGGCUACGCCGAGGUGCUCAAGUCGGUGGGCGCGCCCGUGCUGCAGGGCGAGGGUCACCUGGACGCCAUCCUCAACUCGGUCCGUGACGUCAUGUCGUACAAGACCACGUGUCAGGACCAGCGCGAGGACGACGAGGACGACUCGGAGUACGACGAGAUGCUGAUCGAGUACGCUGGCGACGUGGUGCCCAGCCUGGGCCGCGCGCUGCCGACCGAGCGCUUCCUGCAGGUGUUCAUGGACCUGUACCCGGCCCUGCUGCUGAAGACGAAGCGGACCCGCUCCGACUGUGAGCGCUCGUUCAGCGUCGGCUGCCUGGCUGAGUGCCUGGAGUUUCUGGGCGAGCCGGCCGUGCGUCAGCUGUUCCCGCAGCUGCUGGCCGUGUUCCUGCCUGCCGCCGGCGACGCCGAGUCCGACGACGUCCAGAGCAACGCCGUGUUCGGCCUCGGGGAGCUGGCGUGCCGCGCCGGCAGCGAGGUCUCGCGGCCCGAGUACCCGGCCAUGCUGUCGGCGCUCUCCGGCGCGCUCGCCUCCACCAAGAACCAGCGCACGCGCGACAACAUCUGCGGUGCCGUGGCGCGGCUCAUCAUCGCCGACACGGACGCCGUGCCCAUGGACCAGGUGUUCCCCGUGUUCGUCUCGUGCCUGCCGCUGCGCGAGGACUUCGCCGAGAACGAGACGGUGUUCCGGUGCCUGGGUCACCUGUACGGCCGGCGGCACCCGUGCCUGGGCCAGCACAUGGGCGCGCUGGUCAGCUGCGCCGCCACCGUGCACGGCACCAAGCAGGAGAAGGAGGGAGAGACGGCCAGGCUGGUGCGCGAGUUUGUGCUCAGCCUGCGCCGGGACUUCCCCGCCGAGCUGGAGGCGCUGCUGCCCAGCCUGGCGCCAGAGCUGGCGCAGAAGCUGGCGCUCAUCAGCUGAGGCCGCCGCCGGGAGCCGGGACUGGCGCCCGUCGCCUGACACUGGCGCCUGUUGGCCUAGACUGUUGGUUGGCAGCCGAGACUGACGCCCGUCGAGCUAGACUGGCGCCCGUCAGCGGAGACUGGUGCCUGUCUGCUGAGACUGACGCUGGUCAAGUGAGACUGGCGCCUGUUGACCGAGACUGGCGCCCGUCAGCUGGGACUGGCGCCUGUUGACCGAGACUGGCGCCCGUUGACCGAGACUGGCGCCUGUUGACCGAGACUGGCGCCUAUUGACCGAGACUGGCGCCUGUCGACCGAGACUGGCGCCCGUCAGCUGGGACUGGCGCCUGUUGACCGAUCCCACCCAGUCAGCCGGCCGCCGGCCGUCGCCGCCGGGGCCCGUGAUAUUAGAACCAGUCAACAGCUCCAGUAUUUUUGCUACCGGAGGCCGCGUUUCCCAAGCUCCGACAUCGCCUGGGGUGGUGGCAUGCUGGCGCGAGGCUGUCUGUCGCCCUUCUCCCGCGGCGCUGGCUGUUGGGGCGCGCUGGCUGGGGUUUGCUGCCCGUUUUUGAUAGCGUGUUUGAUAGUUUUACAUUUUAUGGCAAUUGGAGCGUGUUGUAAGUUGCCACUAAUAAACGAAACGCAUUGCUGCUG